UAUGGAGUAUGCGGUUGCAUACCUCAAUUCUAACCGUAAUUUUUGUAAACUCUCACAUAAUCUGUGAUAACAGGACAACCGCAGUGGCGGCCAUCAAUGAACGGCGAAAACAACGGAGCAGUGAUGGGAAGCUCGUAUCUAUAACAAAAAACCCUGUUGGUAAACGCGAAUCACACACACCGCAAACAGAGACAACGGCAGAACAAGAAGUUAUUGGACAAAAUAUUGUAAACAAAGUGAAAGUAGAACGUCGCAGCAGAUUCAAUGAAACGAAUAAAAAGGAUAGCACAAGCUUAAUAAUCAUACUCGUAUCGCUCGGUGUAGCGGCGCUCGUUUGUUUUGUGGCUGUUACCGUAAUCAUCGUCGCCAUUUUGCGGAAGAAGCGAAGAAAGAAAAAAGAAGAAGCAGAGAAAACGAAAAAAGUGCUAAUUGCAAAGAAACCCCGCAAAAUGGAGGCAGCCGAUGUUAAUGCAACGAAAUUCACUCAUGGAGGAGCGCUUGUACUCGCUGCAAAGUUACAAGGCCCGGUGGUUCAUGCGGAAGGAGAUUCCGAAGGAGAAAGUAUUCAUACUAUCCAGUUUGAUCCUCAUCUCAAUGAAAUUGUUGAUAUUGGAUCAAAUAUCGAAGUUCUACCAGACACCGGUGACACAACCUGCACGGAUGUCGGCGUCGUUCAAAAUGAGAAAAACGCGAUGAACACAUUGCGAAAGGCCAUAAACAAGACUUUUGCUACUAGAAGGAAUCCUACACCUAAAGGAACUCCGAAACGUAGGCCACUAAAGAAUCCACAGUCAAAGCCAUUGUUUCGCGCCGAAGCCACUCCAAAAAAACGUUGA